AUGCUGAGAAGCUUCUUUGGAGGUUUAAUCUACAAUUUGGCUCUCUUUUUUUGUUCAUUUUUCGGCUCUCUGUUUCUCAUGGGGCCGACAAUUCCGCUGUUAUGGCUGCGGCCGCAGUGGUUUCGAUGGGCAAAUGAUCGAUUGUGUUCGUUAUGGCUGAUCUUACCGCCGGUGAGGAAUAUUGGAAAGAAGUUUUUAAAUUACUACAGCUCAUGAGCAUUUUUUUUUAUUCAGUUUUUGUUAAUCUGAAAACUUUUUUGUCUCUUUUUUUAUGAAUAACGGAUUUGCUGUUUUUUCUUUCGGAUCGCAACCCUCCUCAACUUACUUCCACCUUCAACGUCGUGUUUGUGCGUCAAAAGGCCCUUCUGGGUGAGUGUUUCCGCUCAAUUACCAGGGUUGAUUCAGCUUAUAAUGGUUUCAGAGAGAUAUUCCUGUCUAGAUAUCACUAGAAACAAGUAUCAUUAUUGAAUGUCUCAUGGUUACAUUAAAUAAUUCAUGACAACACGGUUUAUUUACAUUAUUGUUGUACUUUUGUGAGGGGGUGGCGUCCUUUGCGUUAUUUCAUGAGAUGAUCAAGUUACUAAAGAAAACAAUGAUAUUGAUAAGCAUGUAAUAAAAAUAGGUAAGAUUUCUAUCUAACCACAUACUUCGCUAUGUAUACAGUUAUUUGAUAGCAAAAAAAAAAAACAAUUGUGAAAUUGGGAUGGAUUCUGACGAGGUUAUGCGGACAUCUUUUUAUCUAGUGUUGCAUCUCUAUAUGUUAAUGUGAGAAUUUCAGAAAGUAACGUAAGUCAAGGGUAGUAUCAUGAGGAGAUUGCCCAAUUACUUAAUUUUUAAAAUUCAGGGAAUGAGACAUCACUUAGUGUCUGUGGGAAAACAAAACUGCAGUACUUAGAUUUCCAUGCUUGGGUAUAUUUCCUAACGCUGGCUUUUAAAAGACUGAAUUUGGACCAUUUAGUACAUAUUGUUAUGUCAUCAGGAAACAAUUGCCAAUUGCCAAAUGCCACAACAUGAUGACUUAUCAAAACUUGUUACAGUCUAAAACCAAAACUGGCAGAAAUAAUAAUUUGCUCUUUGUUUACUGGUUAGUAAAUGCUGUAAAGUCAGUCAACACCCUAUGAAGAUGAACUAAGUACCACGGAAAGGCGUUUUGGCUUAAGAAUUAAUAGUACUUCUUGAAGUAUGGUAACUAUCCCAGUUUGACAUGAGGCUCUGAAACUUCUUGCAAUUUUUUUGGUUCCAUGUUUUGUGACCUGAAAUUGGAUGAUCAGAUUUUUUUUUAAUCAUGACAUUGAUUAUUUUAUAGAGGGAUUAUAUUAUCAGCCCUUCUUUUGCCCUGUUUUUGACUUAACUCACAAUGCUUUUUUUGCUUGAGAAAGGUGUGCUUGGUUUUGUUUUACAGCUGCAAUACAAAACAAAGUAGUGAACUGUGAAACAUGCAAGUUCCAAUUUGUACUCUGAAUGUUGUAGUCAUAUUAAUGAACUAGUUAUUUUCAUUUUUUUUUCACGAUUUAGUGUUGCUCUAAAUAAUUUUUUGUAGUUGCUUGCCAGCCAGCUUUGUUAGACAACUGAAUUAGUUUCAAACCUGAAUAUGUUUUGUGAUCAGGAAAGGUUAAUGUUUCUAGCACUCUUUUUUCGCUCUAAGACAUGUUUUUUAUUCACUGUCAAAAACAGGUUGAACAAAAAAUUUUCCCUAACUAGUAUAACAAGAAAAUAAACAUUUGGGAAUGUGCUGUCCAAGAUUCUUGUUAGUUUUCCCAGGAUCAAUUUAUGUCUCCUCGCCACUGAUUAAGAUAUAGUAUACCUUCUUUUAUGUAAAAGUCAAAAGAUCAUGAAACUUAAAAUGAAAAUAAAUUUUCCAUUAAUGGAUGUUCUUUGUGAUGAUAUCAACUUACGUAUAGCUAUACUUGAACUGGUUUGAAUUUUAGAAGAAGAAAUUUGAGUUAAAUCACUGAUAAUAAUAUUUUCCUCUCUCAAUGCACAGAGAUGAUGUUUGGAGUCAAGAUUGUAGUCACUGGGGACAAGCCUCCAAAGAGUGAGAACUCUGUUAUCAUCAUGAACCACAGAUGCCGACUUGAUUGGAUGUUUUUUUGGAGUUUUGUGGCACGAUAUGGCGAGUUGAAGCACGAGAAGAUAAUAAUGAAACGUGAACUCAAACAUAUUCCUGGUCCAGGUAAGUAUUUUCAUCAUUUUGCUACAAAUUUUGGUUUCAAGAUCAACUUUUUUUUUUAACAAAGUUACCAUUAGGGACCUAAAAUUAUGAAAUGGUUGCAUUGAAUAGAAAUUUGGCUGUCAGUAAAGGAAUCUUUAUGUACUAUUAUGUGAUUUACCAUAUAGCUGACAUUUCUGCUUGUGAGCAGUAUGGCUGGCAUUUGUUCUUUAACCCUUCAACUCCCAUGAUUGACUAAGAUAGAAUUUCUCCGUACAAUAUCAAUACAAUAUCAAGCAGACAAGUCAUGAGAAGAAUGAAAAAUCUUAUUUAUGGGAUUAUUACUUGAUCCAAUACCAAAUUCUCCAAACUAACAUCAGAAGAUCUAUAUGGUAGAUAGUAAGGAGACUUACUAAUGAGAUCUUGGGAGUUAAGGGUUAAGGUUCAGGUAACAUCUUAUGAUUUAUACUUGGGCUAUUGACCCUUAAGCUCCCAUGGGUGACCAAGACAUAAUUUCUCCUCACAAUAUCAAUAUAAUAUCAAGCAGACAGGUCAUGAGAAUUAUAAAAGAUGUAAAUCAACUAGGGGAUAAUUAGUUGAUUCAAUACCAAAUUCUCCAAACUAGCAUCAUAAGAAUUUUAUUACAGACAGUAGGGCAAAUUAUCUUGGGUGAGAAAGUGUAGAUUGAAAAGGAAAAAAAGAAGUCUGAGAAAAAUUCAGCCCUCUACAUUUUCUGUUCAUUAUCAAAAAAGUGUAUAAACAAGAUUUUUCAAGCAGACAUUUUAUAAUUCUUCUUCGGUUUAGAAAGUACUCUUCAAGAGACAAUGGUAAUGUUACUUAUAUUGCUAAGUUGCUGAGUUACAUUCAGUAAAUUGAUUUCAGAAAGGUGAUUAUACAAACAGCUGAGGAGACACUUCAUUUUUUUCUAAAUUGGUAAAUUCUGGUGUAUAGUAGAAUUGCCAGGUAUUGUUUUAAAAAAUUUUGUGCUUAUUUUCAGGUUGGGCCAUGCAGAAUGCCCUUUACAUUUUCUUGCGCCGCCGUUGGGAUAGAGAUGAAAGCUACCUUAAUUCAGUUCUCAGUUACUUUGUCAAUUCAUCAGAUAGUCUUCAGCUACUCUUGUUUCCUGAGGGUACCAACUUUGAGGAGGCUAGCAAACAGAAGAGUGAUUCCUUUGCAACAAAAAACAAUCUUCCCUUUUAUGACUAUGUUCUACAUCCACGUGUACGUGGCUUCACGUACUGUGUUGAGAAACUUCGUCAGGGGAAUCUAGAUGCUAUUCUUGAUGUCACCGUUGGUUAUUCUGAAAAUUACUGUUUUGAAGAAGUUGAUCUACUGAAAGGAAAUGUACCAAGUGAAAUUCAUUUUCACAUUCAGCGAUAUACCAAUGAUGCACUUCCACAAGAUACACAAGGUCUUGAAGAAUGGUGCUGUAAGCAAUGGAUGCAGAAAGAGGAUAGACUGAAAAAAUUUUACACCCAGGAGAAAUAUUUUGGCCCUCCUUCUGAAAUAGCGAGUGAACAACAUAAUGAGAUCCAGUUAGCUGUGAGUUAUCUGUUUAAAAAAGGGCUCAUCUUCUGGCUUCUGUUCACAAUCUGUUCGUCAGUUCUUCUGUACAUGUCUGCAAUGGUGAGAUGGUAUGUUUUAAUUAUUGGAAUUGUAUAUUUAACACUUUCCUGUUUUGGGGGAACAGAUGAAAUAUUUUUACAGCUGAUGCAGAAGUCAACGGAUACCAAGACAAAGUGA